CCUGACUCCACCCGUCUACGUCCUCUUCGAAAAAUUUCGAAAAAAUACAUCCCGCCGUAAUUAACCCCACCUUCUUUUACCAACUUCUCAUUUUCUUCACGAGCUUUCCUGUCCCUCUUCCGCUACCAAAGAUAUACCCCUCCUUCUUCUCCCCUUCUCCCUCACCUGGUCCUGUUUCCUUUCUAUCUUUCCCCUUUCUCUCUCUUUGCCUCCCUGCUCUCUACAAUCUUGAGGUCGAUCCAAUAUGGGUUUCACCGAUCUGCUCUCCGACGCUGGCCUGGCUGUCCUCAACAGCUGGGUCAUCACCCGAUCAUACAUCACCGGCUACGCCCCGUCCCAAGCCGACGUCGUCUGCUUCAAGGCCAUCCAGUCCGCACCCGACUCCGAGAAGUACCCCCAUGCCGCGCGAUGGUACAAGCACAUCGCCUCGUUCGAGGACGAAUUCGCAACCCUUCCGGGCGAUGCGGCUAAGCCCUACACUACAUACGGGCCCGAAGUUACCGAAGCCACCCUGAAUCCCGCAAAGGCCCCAGAGGAGCCCGCCGCGGAGGAGGAUGACGUCGACUUGUUCGGCAGCGACGACGAGGAAGAAGAUGCAGAGGCCGUCCGCGUUCGCGAAGAACGUUUGGCUGCUUAUAGGGCGAAGAAAGAGGCAAAGCCGAAGGUUGCCGCCAAGUCGGUUGUCACUUUGGACGUCAAGCCCUGGGAUGACGAGACCGACAUGGUUGCGCUCGAGGCGGCGGUCCGUGGGAUCGAAAAGGACGGUCUAGUAUGGGGUGCUUCUAAGCUGGAGGCUGUCGGUUUCGGUAUCAAGAAGCUACAGAUCAUCCUAGUCGUCGAGGACGAGAAGAUCUCCAUCACCGACCUGCAGGAAGAAAUCGAGGGAUUCGAGGAAUAUGUCCAGUCAUCGGAUGUCGCCGCCAUGCAGAAGCUGUAAACCAUCUAUUUCUAGGUGGAAUUCGCACUUAUGUCGACGUCUAACGCAUGAUCGAAUCAACGACUCUGAGCCAGCGGGGCAUGACUGAUGAAAUCAUGACGGUGACGAGGUAGGACGGAUUGGCACGAUGUCGGGAAAGUAUAUCUUCAGAGGGACAAAAUUUCAUAGAGGUCGCUAGGGCUACGGCAAACAAAUCAAAGUAUAGUGAGAGGAUGAAGCCCUCGUGGUAUGCCUCAACCCCUUUUCAG